AUGGAGGCACCGCACCGAGACGACCCUUCGCUGUCGGAGGAGGAGCGACUAGCGCCCCUGCUGGGCAAGAAGCUGCUGGAGGACCACAAGGACGUGGCUUCCGAGCAUGGUCACUGGAAAAAGGUGAAGGAGAAGCGAGGCAUCACCGUCCACCUCCGCCACGAGGAGGGGAAUCCCAUCAAGGCGGGCAAGGCGCGUGGGCUCAUCCCAGGCAGCCCGAAGCUGCUCCUCCGCAUCCUCCAGUCCCUCGACUACUAUCCUCAAAUCGAUCCGCUGUACACCGGCGGGCGUGUGGUGGACAAGUUCGCCGAUGGGAAGCACGAGAUCAUCUACGCCGCCUACUCCUCGGGCUUCAACCUCGUCGUUUCGCCUCGCGACUUCCUCUAUCUCGAAGCAAAGUGGUUGGUCGUUGUCUGCUCACAGUGGCCGCUCUCCACCGAGCUAGGACGGCGCGAUUUUGAGGGCGAUACGAGGGUGAUUGCGUGCAUAUCAAUCGAGAGGGACGAUGUGCCGCAUGUCAAGGGACACGUGCGGGGGCACAUAUUCGAGUCGGGCUGGGUCAUCGCGCCAUGCCAGCCGACAGCGGCGGAGAUCAAGGCGGCCGGCCUGGCGGACGUGGAGUCGGAUUCCUGGUGCGACUGCCUCUUCUUGGCCCAGGUCGACAUCAAGGGCUGGAUUCCCACUUGGCUAGUGAACCGACUGAGCGGCGAGCUCGGCGAUGCGCUCCACAGGCUCCGGAAGUUCAUCAAGGAGAAGGGCCACACGGUGGUCUUCGAAGAUGACGGCCAUCACUCGUGA